AUGCGUGUCUCCAUCCAGCUGGACGGGGCGAAGUCGGCCACUAGCCGUUCCCAGCGGUCUUCGAACCUGGAGCAUACAGGAAGCAGCCUGAGGAAGUCGACAUCAUACCUUUCUCAGGGCACCACCCUCGCUGCUGGCACGGAUGAUGAGAGCAUCAGUGUGGAUUCCUCCACCGAUCAGUCUUCCGCCGAAUCCGAUGACGGGGAGCCCGAAGAGGACGAGCUUGAACUCAUCAGCAUCUGGACAUGGCAAACCAUUGGCCUGCCGGUGAGUGGCUUCCUUCUUGCUUUCCUGAAUGCUAUUGCGUCUGGGGUUGUCUACGGGUUUUUCCUGGGGUACAUGGGAUUGGAUUCAUACGUCAUGGCGUCGGUUGCGGCACUCAUGAAACUUCCAGAAGUCUUCUUGUUUCCCUUGGGCAUGAUCAACGACUGCUUUCCCAUCUUCGGCUACAAUAGGAAGCCUUACUUGUUGGCAUGUUGGUUGAUCAGUGGCGGUGCACUUUUGGUCAUGAGCCUGCGACAUUUGCCAGCGCCCUACUACUGUCAGUACCCCGAUGGCAGCUAUGACUGGUAUUCCCCCCCAUGCAAUCCGGACAUCCACACCCACAAGAACUGGUACAUUUUUCCUUUGUUUGUGCUCAUCGCAGGUCUGCAGAUUGGGAGUACGGCGGGUGAGGGGCUAGUCUUGCAGUACUCACGACGCGAACCAGCAGAGCGGCGCGGACACAUCAAGGCAGAAAUGACGAUGGUUUGCACGGCCGGAGGGCUGACCUCCUCCCUCGUCAUUGGGUUUCUCUUGAACGGAAAGGCGUACUUGGGUACCUUCGAUUGGGGACUAUCCUUCAGUGGCUUGAUGGCAGUGUGCUUGGUGAUGGUCAUCAUUGUCAUCCCAGUCAGCUGGUUCUGCGUGCAUGAGCCCCAAAAGACCACGCACCCAGCACUCGGUGGCCAUGCCAAGUCCUCAUGGACACUUGUCAAGAAGAACGCCUUGUCCAGCAUCUUGAUGUUUGCAUUCGUCGUCCAGUUCCUUAUCGGCACUGUAACAACGGCAUCACCUAUGGUCCAAAGCCAGUGGGCUGGAGUCAAAGUCCUGCAGCAACAGCUGUGUGGUUCAGCUGGCAUGUUUGUGAUGAUGAUCGCCACCUGGACGUACAAGGAAUUCUUCCUCCAGGCAAGUUGGAGGAAAGCAAUCCUCAUUGCCAUCUUGACAGUGUCAGUCUUGGAUGCCGUCGCAUCCUUCCUGACGAUCUUCGGCGUUGUUCGGAAUCAGUACUUCUACCUUGGCGAAGCUAUCGUUGGUAACGUGCCUAAGGCUGCACUCGCAUUGGUGGCGAACUUAAUGAUUAUUGAGCUCUCGGAACGGGGACGCGAGGGUAUGUGCUAUGGCUUGAUUGCGACACUUCAGAACGCGAGCAUGCCUCUGGCCACGGUCGUCAGUAAUCAGAUCUACGGCCUCUUUCGCCCUAACUUGUCCGAGUUGGAAAACUACAUGGCGGACACUCAGCAGUUCCGUUCGACUGUCGCUUGGUCUUACGUGCUCUCCUAUGCAAUGUCGCUCAUGAGUCUUUUCUUCCUUCCCCUGAUCCCGAAGCAGAAGGACGAUGCCCGAAGGCGGAAAGAGGAGUGGAGCUCCAGUCCGGCUGCGGCUACCCUGGUUUUGGGCAUUCCCGCCAUCUGCCUCCUUUAUGCGGUUACAGUGCUGCUGCUCACCAGUCAGCCGCAGACGGCAUGCAUGCAUUGGGUCGGCGGUCCAGGCUGCGAAAGUUGA